GGCCUUAGGAGCUCCCAACCGCCUCCUUCUUCCCCAGGUCUGGGACAGCAGCUGGUCCCCACCCCUCCGGUGCGAGAAGGAGUGAGCGACUGGAAUCCUUCGACUGAUGCUGGGAGACUUGAGCUAGUCCGGGGCGGGAAGUGGAUCGCGGUUCACGGGGUACAGGGGGAGCUGUCCAACCCCGAAGCCCAAGCUGGAAGCGAGAGUGGGCCAGGGCGCUCCGGGCCGAGAGAGGCGCGGGUGCGGCAGUGACUCCCCCUGCAGCCCGCCCCCCACGUGGCCGCCGCCGUGCCAGCCCCUCCGAGGAAGCGGCGCAGCUUCCUGCGGCUCGGGCCGGGGAUAUAGGCGCCCCCGCCCGGGCCAGCUCAGCUCCGCUGCCCCUCCUCGCCAUCUCGUCCAAGGCGUGAUGGCCCCACUCCGGGUAGAGCGCGCCCCGGGUGGAUCUCGGCUCGGUGUGACCCGCGCCCAGCGGCCGGCAGCGUUGUGCCUCCCUCCUCUGUUGAUGCUGCUGCUGCUGCUGCUGCUGCUGGGCGCUGUCUCAACCUCUCCGGAGUCCCUGAACCAAUCUUUCCCAGAGAACCUGAAUCUAUCUUCUCCGGAGUCCCUGAAUCAAUCUCAUCCCACUGAGGACAGCCUUGUGUCAAAAGGGAAGAUGGAAGACUACGAAACAAAUGUCCUACCUUGCUGGUAUUAUUACAAGAGUGGCAUGGACUCUGUCAAGGACUGGUGCAACUGGACUUUGAUUAGCAGGUAUUACAGCAACCUGCAGUACUGCUUGGAGUACGAGGCAGACAAGUUUGGGUUGGGCUUCCCAAAUCCCUUGGCAGAAAGCAUCAUCCUUGAGGCUCACACGAUACACUUUGCCAACUGCUCCCUGGUGCAGCCCACCUUCUCUGAUCCCCCAGAGGAUGUGCUCCUGGCCAUGAUCAUAGCCCCCAUCUGCCUCAUCCCGUUCCUUGUUACUCUUGUCGUGUGGAGGAGUAAAGACAGCGAUGCCCAGGCCUAGGAUCCAUUUCUCAGCAGCCAUCUUUCCCCCUUUCCCCUGCUGGAACCAGGAAUCGCUCCGCCCCUCCCUACCCACUUACUCUCAUUCUUCCCACAGACCUGUGGAUUGGUGGAAAUGGCAGCAAAGGGGACUCACGACACAAUGUCUGUAGUCUUUAAAAUAAAGUUAUGUUUUUGUACAA